UUGGUAUUUUUGUGUGUUUUUGUUUUGCUAACUGCACUGACAUCAUUCCACUUUCUGUAAGAAAUUUGCUUGUUAGAAUGGAAGCCCUAGACAUUUUGGAGAAAAGAAUAGGCGCAUUGAACCGUGUGCUGGGUCCCCUGCCCGAAGCACAGGUUGGAGACGAUGGAAACACAACAAAGACUGCCAACAUAGUGGACACUCUUUGUUCUGCCAACGCCUUGCUGAGCGAAGCCACAACGGGACGAACCCAGGUGCAGCAGUGUGUGGGACGUGCAGCGGAAUUGGAGAAAUAUUUGGAUCCCAACUACUUAGAGGAACAGCAGCAGGUUCGCGCCAAAGAAGUCUACAUUAAUGCCGUUGCACCUGAGCUAUAUGCACAAAGCGAACAGCUGGCACGAAUCAAACAGCUGGAGCCGGCGCUCGGUGCCGAAUAUUUUCGAAGCAUACCCAGCGAGUGCCUUGACAAGCUCAAGCAGAUCACGGAAAAUAACGACGAAUAUGCACAGCAAAGCGAACUAAUUGAGGAGAGCCUCAUAUUGGCCAUGAAGCGUUACGGUGAAAUACAAGCGGGCCUGCUCAGCUCGUUGGAUGCGAUGAGCGAGCGCCUUGACCAGGUCGAACAGCGCAUGGAGCAGCAGAAACGUGCCGAGCUCACAAAGGAUGUGGCCCCCAAGGACUAAAACGCUCAACUCCCUCCCACAAGUAUUUAACCUUAGAUAUUGUUCCACUGUUCGCCUGUACAUAU